UUCCUCUCUUCAUUAGAGCGCUAGCUAUGGAGAUGGAAGACAUUUACACAGGGCUGCAGAAACCAGACCAGGAUAUCUACUCUGUCAUCCCACCAGGGGAGAAACAGCCUGGAAAACCCACAGUAAACACGACUGUGAAGAAAGCCAGUUCCUGCAACUGGACUGCUGUGGUUUUUGCUGUGCUGUGGAUCCUCUCAGUUUCCAUCACCCUGGGUGUGAUCUUUCACAGGAAUGCAGAGUAUGCCAGCCUCUUUCAAAAGUAUUCUGACCUGCAGAAUCACCUGAAGAAGGAUACAAACAUGACAGAAAUCUGCACUCCUGUGUGGAAGUGGAUCCUCGAUGCUGCAGUGGAUGUGACUCUGGACCCUGAUACAGCAAACCCUUAUCUCAUCCUGUCUGAGGACAGGAAACAAGUGAGCGAUGGAGACACACGACAGAAUCUCACUGACAAUCCAGAGAGAUUUGAUCAUGUUGUCAGUGUCCUGGGCAUGCAGGGCUUCACCUCAGGGAGACACUACUGGCAGGUGGAGGUGGGGGAGAAAGCUCAGUGGUAUUUAGGAGUGGCCAGAGACUCCAUCAACAGGAAGGGGAAGAUUCAACUGGAUCCUAAUAAUGGUUACUGGACUGUGUGGCGGAGGGAUGGAGAGUACAAGGCUCUGGCUGACCCCUCUAUCCCCCUCCCCCUGAGUGUGAAGCCCCGGAAGGUGGGGGUGUAUCUGGAUUAUGAGGCAGGGCAGGUCUCCUUUUACAAUGUGGAGACCAGAUCUCACAUCUACACUUUCACUGACACCUUCACUGAGAAGCUCUAUCCAUACUUCUGCCCUUCUACUAAUAAAGCUGGUAAAAACGCAGCCCCACUGAUCAUCCUCCCUGUCAGUGAUAGAGAUUGAAUAAAGUGGUGUAUCUGUAUGACAGCCUACACCAGCUCUGAUUAUCCUGCUCAUUGCAUUAUUACUUGCCCAUCUAUUUCUUUGUCUACCUGUAAUUGUUUUACUGAUUGGCUUGACAAAACUAUGGGGACGCCCGUCACAUUUAACACACCCCUGUGACUGGAGCACAUGGGCUGUCCCUCA